CUAACCCUAAACCUAAUUCUAACCCUAACCCUAAAGCUAGCACUAAAUCUAAAUUUUGAUCAUACUAAAUUCCAUCAAAAUAAUAUAUAGUUCAGUGAUACUUGCUCUUAGUUUAUUGUUUUUUAAACUUCUGGGAUGGAGAGUUACAUCCUCUUAAGAACGUAGUAAACAAAAUGGCGUAUUUUUCAUUACAACAACAAUAUUACCGAAUUAAUAUAUAAAUUUUAUAUUAUGAAAAAUCAUAGUUUGUGAACAAAAUAAGUUGAAUUAAUAUAUACAUUUUAUAUUAUGUCGCUCUCCUUCAGAUCUACUUGUCUUGUGCUAGACUAACUAGAUCUAGACUCUAGAGUCUAGUAUUGACAUUGUGAUUGUUAUUGUUAUUGUACAAACUGUAACAAACUCAACUGUAACAACAAGAUCGACGAUAAAGAUUCAAGAUGUCCGAAGAUAUAUCCCUUUUGAAUUUCUUUGUUUUUAAUUCGGAAUAUGGACCAAGAGAAGGAGAGGAAGAGAAAAAAAUAUUAUUUUACUACCCAGGAGAAGUUGAUGUGGAUACAAAGAUCAAGAGAGUAGGAUUAAGUGAAGCAAUUAUCAAGUUUUCUGAAACUUUUUCAGAUAAACCCUGUCAGAGUCUUCAUACCCAAAAGACAAGGCAAGUUUUCUAUGAACCAGAACAAUGUUUUUGGAUUGUUAUGACUGUUGCCAUCCCAUUCAAAGAAAAAAUAAAAGAUGGACAGCCUUUUACAGAGUACAGAGAUGAUCAUGUUCAGGACUCAGUGUAUGAAGCCAUUCUAAGACAAGCUUAUAAAAUGUUUAAGCUCUUCAAUGGAACAUUUACCACAAUUCUAGCUCGUGCUAAUGGUGAAGUUGAGGCAUUAAAGCAAAGACUUGAACACUUUUAUGACAAGUAUCUGUUGACUCUGAAACUUGCUCAAGGUGAUAUACUAGAUGUCUUCAAUGGAAUACACUUUUUACCACUUGAUAAAAAUACUUAUCUACGGAUUCAGUGUUUCAUCAACAGUCUGGAGGCAACAUUUCCCUUUGUCAAAUACACAGCUUUCUUAUACAAUGAAAAGCUUGUCUGGAGUGGGCUAGAACAAGAGGACAUGAGGAUAAUGUACAAAUAUUUAACUCACAGCCUGUUUCCUACCUUUAUGGAGCAAGAGUUACAUGGUGGUCAAAAUAGGCCACCAGUUACUUCUGGUCAUUAUGGAAAAUUCAUGACAGGACCUCCUAAUCUGAAUGAUGAUCGCAAUAUGGGAAAACUGCCCAGGGUGUAUGUCAACACUGAGGAAAUUGAUGAAGAAUGUUAUCUUUUAGUUUACACUGCUUUAAGUGCUACAAUAUGUUUACUAGUCAAUGUGAGAAGUCCACUAACUGUGCCUUUGUGUCGUAAGCUGGACUCCAUGUUGGGCCCUCAGAUGACCAAAUUAGCUUCAGAUAUUAGCGAGCAAUACAAUAAACGAGUGGCUGCAUUGAAUUCUACAGAGCCUGUAUUUAAAUAUGUCUACUUCAACCACAUGAACUUAGCUCAACAGACAACAGUGCACAUUGACCUUCAAAAAAGGUCAGGGGUAAAUAUUCAUAAAGAUGUCUUGCGACUUCUUGGAGAUAUAAAUGCAGAUCUCACAAAAGAGAAUGAAGAUGGUGAGACCAUUGUGAAAACAACAUCUGAUGUUUGGGUCGUGGGUAAAAAAUCAGAUCAAAGAGAGUUUUAUGUCAUCAUAACCCAGAGAACAGCUAAUUUGAUAGACAUUAAUGAAGAAGUAAAAAGGUUGUGCAGUACCUACUUGAACAGCAUAUUUUUUCUAGAUUGAACUUGAUUGACCCGAUUCUGCACUGAUGAUUUUGUUUUAAAUGAAUGAGUCCUACUAAAUGAUAAAAAAAACUAUUUAAUUUAUUUAUUGUAUGACUGAGACAAAUGUGUGUGCUUUUGUCAUAGCUCAUGACAUUAACAACUUUGUAAAUAAAAAUGUUAGGUUGGAUUAGAAAAUAAGAGCAUUAACAUAAGAAGCUUUUAUUCUUUAAAUAAGCACAAGUUUUAGAUUUUUUAAAGAACUGUAUUCAAUGUGUACAUUUAAAAUAACUAGUCAAAACAUAAUUAUAGAAAUUUGUUAUUGACCUUGUUUUAUGGAUUUUUUUAGUGGUAGUACUAGCUGAUUGUUUAGGUGAGUUUUUUUUAUUCUUUAACAAAUACAUAUUUGGUCUCUAUACAUUUGUGCACAUGGAAAUUUGCAAUUUAUUAUUUUUGGUUUGAAUAUAAAUCUGAAAAUCCACUUCAAACAAUGCAAUGUUUUUUCUGUUUUUUCUUCCUCUCAGACUGUGUUAAGAUUAAUUAAAUAAAACCCAUAGUCUCAAUUUAUUUAUAACUUUUAAUCACUAAGCAAAUAUUUGUAUUCAUUUUACUUUGCUUUUGGUUGACACUAAAUGGGUCCUUCUUAUUUAUCUCCCCUGAAUUAUUUUUUUUUAACACAACAAAAUUAUUGUCAAAGAUAAUUAUUGCUGUUGUAAUAGAUUUACCAAUAUUAUAUCUUUAAAUGGCUUUGCAGUAGAUUAUAUUUCUGCUUAAUCAAAUGUCCUAGGUUUUAAUUCUGCUCUCGCACAGGUUAGGAAGAUAUUAAAUUGUCCCCAUGAUGGUCCAGAAUUUUAAGCCUGCUUACUUCCAUCCCCUGCUGUCAUAUAGGAGGUUUUGGUUAGGUCAUAAUUAUCUUAGUUUCUGAAGGAACGCCUGAAACCUUUUUUUUAAAAUCCCAUUUUUGUAACAUGGAUAAAGCAUAGAAGCUGACAUUGGUCCUUGCCAUUUUUUAAUUUUCAAAACUCUUAUCACUGAAAAGUAUAAUUGUACUAAGCUGCAUUUGAGACAUUUGUUUUUUCUCACGAGAGUACUUAUGCAGGCAUAUAAAUGAGUCACAUGAUUUAUUAAUUUAAUGAUAAUACUGAUAGCACUUGGUGAACAAAUCCAGCCCAAUAUUUAAACACUAAACCCUUCUAAGAAGUGACUAGAUUGAUACAUUGUCAAAGUUAAAAACCUAAAUUAAUUUCAUUAAGCCUCCUGUGACAAAAAGCCAGAAGACAUUCAGUUAUGUAAGUUCUGUGGUCAUUUAUUGGCUCAUUUUUGUGUGUGUGAUUUGUUUAUUCAUUUUGACUUGUAGGAACCAUGGGAUGGAAGGCUUUCAAGUUGUGCCUAUCAUUCAUUGAGGAAUCAAACUAGAUUUCACUAAACAUGUUAGUAUGUAACAUGCUAGUAACUUGACUAGAAUUUUCAUGAAGUGGGUUUUAUUAUACAAGUACAUACUUGAACUAACACUAAUGCAAGUUCAAUUUUCAGUCAUUUUUUAUGUGAAUAAUUGCUGGUGUGAAAAAAAAAAAAAAAAACAAGAUGAUUCCAUUAUGUCAUAUAAGAAAUGUUUUGAUAAACUGCCUGGUUGUUUGGUGUGUGAUCCUGACUGUCAUCAGCUGCCCUCCAGCAGUAGAUUUGUGUUAAGGUGUACUAGGGGCCUAAUAAUCUUCAAUUAUGAAUCAACAUCCAAAACAAUCAAAUGAAUACCAGUAAUUUAGAUUGCUAACAUGGUUCAGGAAUGAACUAUGUUCACAAUUCUUGAUGCACAAGUGAUGUGAUGGUAAGGUAAGGCGUGUAACUAACAUAGUGAUUGUUUUUUUUUUUAUAGUUCUAGUACAUUCCUGAAUUAUAACAGCUAUUAUACAACAUACCAUUAACAGAGUAUAGAAAGUCCUAUCAGUGUGCUCUCUGCUACUACUACUAUACAAGUUUUGUGUACCCAAGACACAUUUCUAUUUCAUAGACUGCCUGGUAUGUUUUAUGGAAUGUAAUUGAUUCUGUGUAGCAAAACAAAUGUUCUUAUUUAAUUUGUUUAUGUUUCAUUAUUAAAUUAAUUAUUCUAUUACACCACCAAGCUACUUCUUAAAUAUGUCUGAUUAAAAUGUUUUGUCUAGCUUCCUGCUGUUUUUGGAAUUUCCAAACAUUUCUAAGAUAAAUCAAAUAGGACAAGCCAGAUGUUUAUUCACUUUUAUUUUACAAGGGGGAAGACAAUGACAUUUUUGUUGUUUGUUACAUUAAAUUUCUGUUUCAUUUUC